AUGACCACAAAUCCGAUCAGAGCAAUCCAGAAGCACGGCCGUGGGCCCCAAGUGUCUCGCUCUGGCCCAGGAGGCGGGACAUGCAAAACAUGCACGCCUUGUCGUCAGAAAAAAAUCAAAUGCGAUGGCGGCCGGCCGCACUGUGGUGACUGCACUAGUAGAGGUCUCAGAUGUGUAUAUCCACAGGAUACCAGAAGAGAGCCCCGGCCGUCCAAGGCUCGUGUUCAAAGCCUUGAGGUCACGGUUGCAGCGAUGCUAAAGCAUAUGAAAACAUCAGGCAUCGUUCCGGCUCAUGUGCAGCUUGGAGACAUAUUACUUCCUCCCAAUGAAAACGAGGGAAGCGAUAACAGUAACGAUUCAUCUUUGGAAACGGAUUCUCAUGCUCUGAACCAGCUACCCCAACACGCAAGCCUCGGUCAUCUUGCCUCAACGGCAGCUGUUGCAAGCCCGCUACCAACACCGUCUACUUCCGUGUCAGGGGCGAGCAGGAGGGGAUUAUCACCAAAUUUUAUUCCUCAUCCACCCCCGGCAAAUUUCGGCUUCACGGGGAACCUACAGGAGUUUCCAGUAGCUGAAGAUCUGCAAAUACACAAUGGCGGCAGUCCCGGUUUACCUAUGGAGGAAGCGAGCGAUCCACUGGAUAUGGGUUCCCAGGCACAUCAAGAAACGAGUUUGGGGCCUAGUCCCACCAGGAUACCCGCUAUCUCUGAAUAUUCAGCACCCCAAGGCCAAUCCAAGGCAUCACCACUUGUAAAUGCUACAGCUACUACUACUGGUGCCGAAGGAGGCUCUGGUAUGUCCCCUUGUGAAGCGCGUGUCGCUGGUGCAUUUCACGAACACGGGUGUGUUUCCUCGGUUCAUGGUCUCGCUAGCAUUAUGAAUCCCUCAUCAAGAGCGCAACAUAAAGAGAAUAUUUCCAAAAUGACAUGGAGGGGUGAAGCCGCUGUGGCAGCCUCCAAGUCUAGACUCAUCAGCAACGCCGCACUCCAGCGACAACGCGAACCACGCAUAUUUCGCCAGCCGUCUAAUAUAGUUGAUCUUGAUGGCUGCGAUCCAGAGCUAGCUAGGCAUCUAUUAGAUCUUCAUUUCAAUCGACAACACUAUGCCUACCUCAUCUCUUACCGUCCGGCUAUUAUUGAAAGUCUUGCUAAUGGCGGUGGACCUUGGGUCAACAAGCUUUUACUCAAUGCCAUAUACUACUCUAGCACUCUUUACAGUGACAGGCCAUAUCUACGAUCUGACCCAGAUGAUCUGAAUAGCAUUGGUGCUAGAUUCUAUCAACGAUUCCGGCAGCUACUGUCCGAUGAGAUCGAUAAGCCCAGCAUUCCUACCGCCGCAGCUUUGCUGCUUACCAGUGCGACAUUAGUCUCUCAUGGCCGGUCAAGCGCAGGAUGGAAUCUUUCAGGGAUGGCAUAUCGAAUGAUUAUUGAUAUGGGGUGUCAUCUCAUGCUUGGGCCUGACUAUCAGAGCAUGUCCAGCCAGGACCAUGAUCAGCUCUUGCGGCGUGACUUGGAGCAAGAGAUGCGUAAACGACUCUACUGGGGAGCAUUCAUCACCGAUGCUACCCAGGCUCUAUACCUCGGCCGCCCCUGCAUGUUUGCUGCCGGAGAAGCGAGGGUUCCACUACGGUUUCUAGACACAUUCGAAGAACUCGAAGAAUGGGAGCCAUAUGUUGACCCUCAGUCCCCUGUCGAGCCACCACCAUCGUAUAUGCCACAGCCUGCCCAUGCUCUCUCAACAUUUAGCUCUUUGGCUCGCCUUUUCCAAAUAUCAACACGGAUCACCGAGCUUUACGGUAUUCAAACUAUCAAAUGCAGCUCAGAGUAUCUUCAAGACAAGAAAAUUAGCAUUGAGAAAUCCCUAGAGCAUUGGAGUAUCGCGCUGCCAGAUCACCUAAGAUUCGAUCCGGGCAAACCAUUCACGCCACCGCCCCAUCAAAUAACACCCCACACAACCUUUCACGCUCUGACUAUCCUUCUUCACCGUGCAUAUUUAAAAGAAGGCCACCUUCGCCGUCAUUGUGACGAAGGGGAUCGAGUACGAAGUGAGCAGGCGUGUAUACACAGUGCCCUGGCAAUCGAAAAGCUUGUUCGCUCGUACAAAAACGCUUUCACGCUUCGUCGUGCCCCAUUCCUAUUAUCUUAUGCUGUUUACUCUGCAGUUAUUGUCAUCCUCCGUCAAGAGCAACAUGACCGCGAGCAGUUUACCGAGGCUAUUUCUUUUUUCUGGACCUGCCUAAGCGAGCUGCAGCAUGGUUGUAACUUUGGCCUCGAAAAGCCGCUCAAUAUCCUUCGAAACAUGGUACACGAGUUUCAGUUCAACAUCCAAGAGGGCAGCAUGGGAGGCAAUGAUAUAUCAGGACUGCUAGGUCUAGAUGAAACUAGUCCACCCUCCAGGAGCCAGCAGCCCGGAGAUAGGCCUGUCCUAAGCGCAUUAUUACCCGGGGAGGAGACUGAUUAUAUGGGUACAAUUGAUCAACAAGAUUUACCUUUUAGCAACUCAUCGCCAGGCUUUCUUGUGUCGUUGAACCAGCUCGAAAACGAUAUAUCUGAAGAUGCUCUAUUUGGGUUAUUCGCACCCUCUCAAAUGUUCCCAUGA